AUGGAUUUAUCUGCUAAUAUAGAUGGAAAUGUACAGAGCAAACUUCAGAGCUCAGGAUUUGUUCUACAGGUUGACGAAUUAACUGGUAUUAGCAACAAAGCACAAUUACUUACAUUUAUUCGCUUUAUUGGUGGUAACCAAAUCAUAAAUCAGUUCUUUUGUUGCGAAGAAAUGCCACUCACUACAAGAGGUCAACAUAUUUUAGACACUUUAUCUGCCUACCUCAAAAAAUGGAAUUUAUCUUGGAAUUCAUGUGUUGGAAUAUGUACCAACGGGGCACCAUCUAUGAUAGGCUCUAUUAAAGGUUUUGUAUCGCUCAUACAACAGCAAAAUCCUAAUAUUAUACGUACUCAUUGCUUCCUACAUAGGGAGGUGCUAGUUUCAAAAACAAUACCAGUAGAGCAAGUAUUAAACCCAAGUUAUUGA